AUGACGUCCCUGAGGAUUGAGAACUUGACCCGUGAAGACAGUGGGCAGUACCAGGCUCGAGCCAACUUACCUGGGGGAAUGGAAUCUAACCAGAUUUUCGACCUCACUGUGUAUGAGCCUGUGCCCCUUCCCCAGAUCCUGGCCAAGUCAGUGUCUACCACAGAAGGCUGGUGCAACAUCACCCUGGAGUGCAGGGCUGCAGGGGUCACAGAGGACCUGAAUGUGACCUGGGAAAGCAAGGACCUCUCAAGGGAGCUGGAACCAGCCCGCAACUCCUGGACCCUGGCUGUGAGCCUGCCUCUGAGCCCACCCAAUGCCAGCCUCACCUGUGUGGUCAGCAACUCCGAGGACUGGAAAACUGUCACCAGAUUUCUUGGGGAAUUCUGUGCCCAUGAUUCACAGGGACACGCCUCAACAGGCACCCUCAAAGCCAUCCUAGGGCCCAUCGUGGCUGUGCUAUUGAUCCUCGGUGUUGGACUGUACCUUUGGAAGACACAUGAGAAGAAGAAGAAGAUGGAGAUUGGAAGAGGUGCAGGACUGCAGGAGGAACACAGGAACCAGGAUGAUGACAUGCAGUAUGCAGAGCUGAGCCUGCAGGAGUCUCGAGGUGGCAGGGACAAGGGUAUGAGGGAACGUAUGAGGGAACGACGUCUGCAAGAAAAGGAAGAUCUCACUGCUGUCUACAGUGAGGUUCAGAAGCCAGGCCAGGCCAGGCCAUGAAGAUAAAGAGAAAACAGGAGAAUCAGCAUUCCUAGGACACCUCCACACUGAGCUUGAUCCCUACAGACACCUGCCUCUUCCAGCUCUGGUCCAGCUCCAGCUGCUUCCGGUCCACAUUGCUCUGACCCUCAUGUCUUCAACUCCCUGGGCACAUGUAGCCCUGUCAUUUCCUCUGACCCCUCCCUAAGCUGCCCUCCCACUCAUGAGCCUCACUCCUGCAGCACAAGUGCUCUUUCCCUGUCAUUGACUUGGCUCCUGACCCCUCUCCUCCUGAAGAUUCCCCAAAGGAGACCCUCCUGAUUGUGCUUGUGUUAAUCCCCACAACCUCU